AUGCCACUGGGGGGGUUUGCGGGUCUGAAGGAAAAGCUCAACCCGGGGAAGGAGGAGCUGAAGAAUAAUGUGGGCGACUCUCUGGGGAACCUGCAGAAGAAGAUCGAUGGCUCAAAUGUGACCGAAGAGGACAACAUUGAGUUGACAGAAGAUGGUCGGCCGGUGGCAGCCCCUAAACGAAGCCCACCCCUAUUGGACUGUGGGUGCUUUGGCCUUCCCAAACGGUACAUCAUCGCCAUGCUCAGUGGACUGGGCUUUUGCAUCUCGUUUGGCAUUCGCUGUAACCUUGGUGUAGCCAUUGUGGAGAUGGUUAACAACAACACAGUCUACAUCAACGGGACGGCCGUCAUGCAGCCAGCUCAGUUUAAUUGGGAUCCAGAGACAGUGGGAUUAAUACAUGGCUCUUUUUUCUGGGGCUACAUCGUCACUCAAAUCCCUGGAGGUUUCAUCUCUAAUAAACUAGCGGCUAACAGGGUGUUUGGAGCAGCCAUUUUCUUGACGUCAGUGCUAAACAUGUUUAUUCCAUCAGCUGCCAGGGUUCACUAUGGUUGUGUGAUGUUUGUGCGAAUCUUACAAGGACUUGUGGAGGGUGUCACAUAUCCAGCCUGCCAUGGGAUGUGGAGUAAAUGGGCUCCUCCGCUUGAAAGAAGUCGUCUGGCUACUACCUCGUUCUGUGGAUCUUAUGCAGGAGCUGUGAUAGCCAUGCCACUGGCUGGAAUAUUAGUGCAGUAUGUGGGCUGGCCCUCUGUCUUCUAUAUAUAUGGUGUGUUUGGCAUUAUAUGGUAUAUUUUCUGGAUCCUGCUUGCUUAUAACAGCCCAGCAGUACAUCCCACCAUCAGUGAGGAGGAACGAAACUACAUAGAAACCUCUAUUGGGGAAGGAGCCAAUUUAAUGAGUUCAACAGAGAAAUUUAAAACUCCCUGGCGUGAAUUCUUCACUUCUAUGCCCGUCUAUGCCAUCAUUGUAGCAAACUUCUGCCGAAGCUGGACCUUUUACCUCCUGCUCAUUAGUCAACCGGCUUACUUUGAAGAGGUCUUCGGGUUCCCCAUUAGCAAGGUGGGCAUUUUGUCAGCGGUGCCGCACAUGGUGAUGACCAUCAUUGUGCCAAUAGGAGGCCAGCUGGCUGACUUCCUGAGGAGUCGGAAAAUCCUCUCUACUACAACUGUGAGGAAAAUCAUGAACUGUGGAGGUUUUGGAAUGGAGGCCACGUUGCUGUUGGUAGUGGGCUUUUCACACACUCGCGCAGUGGCCAUCUCUUUCCUCAUCCUGGCAGUGGGCUUCAGUGGAUUUGCCAUAUCAGGAUUCAACGUAAACCAUCUGGAUAUAGCUCCUCGCUAUGCUAGUAUUCUUAUGGGCAUCUCUAAUGGAGUGGGCACCCUCUCUGGCAUGGUUUGCCCCCUCAUCGUUGGUGCACUGACCAAACAUAAGACUCGCCUGGAGUGGCAGCAUGUCUUCGUGAUCGCCUCCAUGGUGCAUUACACUGGAGUCAUUUUCUACGCUAUCUUUGCGUCUGGAGAGAAGCAGGACUGGGCUGAUCCAGAGAACACGAGUGAUGAGAAGUGCGGCAUCAUUGGUGAAGAUGAGCUUGCAGAUGAAACUGAACCCAGCAGCGACAGCGGAUUGGCAACCAGACAGAAGACCUAUGGAACCACAGACAACUCAUCAGGCCGCAAACAAGGCUGGAAGAAAAAGAGAGGGGUGACCAUGCAGGCUGAAGACGAUCACGAAUCAAAUCAUUAUGAAAAUGGGGAAUAUCAGACCCAGUAUCAAUGA